GGUCCUGAAAUCAGACGGAGCCAGAGAAGCGGAAUCCCGGGAGAGAACUCGUACAAUAGGUGACAACAACAACAACCGUGGCGACACUUAACGUCAGACAACAACUCGCGCACAACAACGACACGCGCACUGUGCAGGCAGCGGGCAGUGUGCAUGACAGCCGGGACUUCUUGCAGCGUUGAGUGUGACGUGACGCGGAGGGGAGACUGGAAUCCCCGCUGCUCCCACUGAGCUGCAAGCAUUUCUGAUCCCCUUCGCUGCUUACAGCAGACCCUCUUCUGAGAGACCAUGAUUGGGUACCACGAUGCCUCAAGUGCCCUUACCCUCCUAGUCCUCCUGACAGGGGCUUCCUUCUUACAUCUGUCCACCGCCAAGCCGAUAAACACCCCUGGAGAUGUCGACAACCCGGACAGAGAUGCUCCUCCGCCUGGAAGAGACGAGGAGACAGGAUCGAUGCAGAAAGAAGAUGCAGAGGAAGAGGAAGAGCUCUUCAAAGAUGUGGAUCCCAAAACACUAGCGGCAGUUUUACUGGAGGCCCUGAAUCACUCACAAGUAGAACAAAGGCGGGAGGGAGGGGAGCGCGAUGGGAUGGAAGGAGAAAUGAAGGCUGAGAUGGGGGAGGUUAAAGAUGAUGAAGCGGGCAGAGAAGUGAGAACAAUGGAGGGGGCCGACAGAGACCGAGAUGGACGACAGGAGUUGGAGCUGCUGAUGGCUUCGCAGCAGAAGAAGCGAGAAAGAGAGGAGGAAGAGGAGAGGCUGAAAGCUCGAGAAGAAGAAGAGAAGAUGACAGAAAAGGUGACCAGUCGCACCACAAGUCAUGCAAUCCAGGUCCAAGCAGAACGGCAGCCCCCUAGUUUGGAUGGAAGGAAGGAGAACGGGCAGGCCGCUGCCCCCGAGCAGGGGCCAGACAGCCACGAACAAGGCAGCAACGAGGAGGAGGAGGAGCAACUCAGCCCCGAGGAGCUCAAGAACCUCGAGACAAUGAUGAAGGAGUUUCCUCGUUUGAACACGGCCACUAAGAGGGAGGGAGACUCGGAGGAAAACCAGAGAGAGAGCAGAGGUUACAGCAGCUACAACGACAUCACACCAAUCAACAAAGGUAACGACCUCAGCAUGUCUAAGAAGAAACUGAAAUGGCAGGAGGAGACGCAGAAAGGCCUGAACUUCCCAACGUUCAGGGGAGGCAAUUUCAUGGAUGACUUCGAGGACAAUAACUACGCUGGCGGUAAUGCGGCACAGUCGCAGCAACCGGCAGAGCAGCAGGUGAUGGAAGAAGAUGAACCACAUGAUGAGGAGGAAGAGGAAGAUGAGGAGGUGUUGAGUCCCGAGGAGGAAGAGGCUCGGGCCAAAGCAGAGCAGGAGGAGAUGAGGAGGCAGGCGGCCGAGGCACAGAAAGCCAAGAUGGAGGAGGAGAAGCUGGCCGACAUCGCCUCGGACAUGCUGCUGCGCUACAUGGUCAAACAGAACAACGGGAACAAGAAGUACAGCUCGUCCCUGUCCAACGCCGUGGAGGACAAGAGGUCCGACGAGGAGCAGGAGGUGAUGGAGGAGGACGAUAUCGAUCCCCAGACCAUCGACAAGCUUAUCGAGAUCUCCAACAAGCUCCACCUCCCUGCCGACGACGUGGUGGACAUCAUCAGCGAUGUGGAAAAGAAAAAGAAGAAAGACGUGCCGCCCGAGAUGGCAUCUCGUUGGCAACGACCUCCAACUCCACUCUCUUCCCAGUUCUCGUCAUCCAAUGGUUUCUCAGCAUCGCAGAUUCCAACCAGUCAGAAUAGCUUCCCCAUCUCUAAGCAACCCUCCCCAGUUGUCAAUCUCCUCAAAACAUGGUUACAGGAGAAAUCGCCAACCAAGUCGCAGGAUCUCUGGAGCAAACCUGCCAAGCCUCUGUUAGCCAAUCAGAAUCGUUGGCCCAAACCUCAGAAGCCUCUGUCAAUCAAACAGGACCUCUGGCACAAAUCACCCAAGUCAGUUUGGACUGGCUACCCUUUGUACCCCUACACAUACCCUUCCUACUACCAGAGGAAGCAGUACCCAGACUACUACCCUAUAUAUUUCCCUCCUCCCCCCAGACCCAAACCCCGUUACUAUGUCCCCAAACCUGCUCUCACCCUCAACAACUUCCUUGGGAAUUCCGUGGACGACACCUACUCUUUCCCUCUCAAACGCCGUUACCACAGCUGGGUCCAACCCCGGAUGAGGACCCCUCAUGCAGUCCUCCGGCAGAGGCCUUACUACACCGGCUACCGGUAUCAGCCGGUACACAUCCCUAAACUUCGCUCCCCUCUCCGAGUGCCUGUGAUUCCGCCUCAGCAGAAAUAUUAUUACUCAACCCCGGCGGCACCGGCAACAACGAGAAAUGAAGAUUAUUACGUGGAUAGAAAGCAGCAAGAGAGCAGCAACCGUGACGAUCUGGAGAAAUACAUCCAGCAGAUACUCAUGAAGAGGCCACUGUUGGCCUGAAAGGGGGAUGAGGGAGCAAGAGUACGGGGAAAGACGAGAGAUGGGCAGAAAAGUAUUUCUUCGUGAUCUUAUUUUGCUCAUGUUCGGUUUUGUUUUAUAUAUGUAACAAGUUCCUUUCUCCUGCUUAGUUUUGAUUUGGACAAGGACAUUAAAGAGGACUUUAUUUUCACUUUGAUAGGAUAGGACGGGAAAGAUACACAUCUACACUCCUGCUCUGUGGGGACACGGGACGUAUGUGGUCAGUUAGAAACAUUCUCCAUUUGGACAUUUCACAAUGCCAACAAAGGAGGACAUGAAUAUGUUACCUCGACCGACAACAACAAAUCUGUUCCAGAGUCAGAUCGUAAGCGGCACCAAAUGCUGGUAAACGUUUGGAGGCUUAUGGAGUUCUACUGUCUGAACUCAAAAGAGAAUAUGUGUGAUUACUUGAGGCAGGGGAAUUUGAACAAUAUUUCAUAAACAUAUUAUUUCUGGAAUGACCACCUUUUGUCCAUAUAGUGCACAACCGACUCACCUUUCAUGCAUAUUCUCAAAAUGGCCUCGUACGGAAGACAUUCGCUAUCU